ACGUGUAAGCCUAGCCACGUGGUUUCGCACUUCUUACGCGAACUGAACUCGUCUGUUGACGUCUAAUCCCUUCUAAUUGGACGUACAUUGACUGUUGUACUGGGAGACAUGAAAACCUCCCGAGAUACUCGAGUGUCCCACCGAGCUCGGUGGGCGCACGACGUCGCUCAUCAUGUCCUGACCGCCAUCGGACAAUUAAAAUGCUAGGACGAACUAUUUCGCUAUUUCAGAUGCGUUACGUCGCCGCAUACCUCUUGGCUGCCCUCGGAGGCAACGUCAAGCCGUCCGGCGCUGACAUCGAGAAGAUCCUCUCCUCGGUCGGAAUCGAGUCCGACAAGGAUAAGCUGAAGAAGAACAAACUUCCUCGCCGUCAGGUUGUUUCCGAGUUGACUGGGAAGGACCUGGAAACUCUUAUCAAAGAAGGAUCCGAGAAGCUCGCCUCCGUCCCCUCCGGUGGAGGUGCCGGCCCUGCCGCCGCAGCGGCUGCUGCUCCAGCUGCUGGAGAAGCUGCAGCUUCGAAGAAGGAAGAGAAAAAAGAAGAAGAGGAGGAGGAAGACGAAGACAUGGGCUUCGGACUCUUCGACUGAGGAUAUCGUCGAUGCGACCAUCGGGACGCACAAUAAACCACGUCUGGGAUUCAGAAAUCUCCGCGACGAGCUGUCGAACAGAUACUCUCCGUCGCGGGAUCUCCGUGAAUUUUGGAUAUGGGAAGGAA